AUGUCGCUAACAUUAGGACAGGCGAUUUGGGCGUCUGUAAAGCCCAUCAUCAAGAUCUACCUGAUACUGGGGUGUGGAUUUUUACUGGCCAGAGUGGACGUUCUGACCGUAGAAGGCACUAAGUGCAUCUCAAACAUUGUGCUGACCUUGUUGCUGCCGUGUCUGUCGUUUAACAAGAUUGUGGGCAACAUCGAGGAUCAGGACAUCAAACAAGUGGGCAUCGUGUGUUUAUCAGCCGUGCUGAUCUUCCUCACGGGCCUUUUCUUCGCGUACGUAGUACGCUUGGUUCUACCCGUGCCAAAACAAUGGCAGGGUGGUAUUCUAGCCGGUGGCAUGUUUCCUAAUAUCAGCGACCUUCCUAUUGCAUAUCUGCAGACACUAGAUCAGGGACUCGUUUUCACACAGGAGGAAGGCAACAAGGGUGUUGCCAAUGUGAUCAUCUUUCUUGCCAUGUUUCUCAUCGUUGUUUUCAACCUAGGAGGGUUUCGACUGAUCGAAAUGGACUUUAAGUACAACGACCAAGAGAGCGCUCGGCCUGAGGAAGACUACGAGAUAACUGACAAACAUGAAAAGCGUACGCGCAGCUCGAGCAUUAUGGCACCAGAAGCCGCACAUACCUCUGAUCUACCUACGUAUCAGUCUAGCUUGGCAUCCAUCACACCACAGGAAUCGCAAGCCGAAUCAAGCACUGCUACGCCAUGUUCACACGAUCGCAGGCCCUUGCCUUUCAAUGGCGAGUCAAAAGUCACAAAUCGUAGGCGCACAUCGAACUCUAGUUCAUUUCGUACUCAAGACGCACGAGAAGCGCAGCAUCCAGACAUGGCACAUUUGAUCCGAGAGUACUCUAACGUAGACCAAUUUGGUCGUAGACGUAGUACUGCCAGCCACUCACAACAGGGACUCUCAAGACAGCCUUCGGUUAUCGAGAGGAUAAAAACUUCAGAUCUCACUCGUAUGGUCACGUCGGAGGCAGGUGUUGGGACGCAGGACGUCGAAGACUCCGGCAAGUCGCUACCACCUUGGCUGUAUAAGCUCUCGCCUACUCGCUACGUGGUGUUUUUUUUGAAAAACUGUUUAAGACCAUGUUCGAUGGCUGUGAUAAUCGCUCUCAUCAUUGCCUUCGUUCCCUGGCUAAAGGCCCUGUUUGUCACCGAUUCCAACACUCCUAAAAUCAAACAGGCGCCGGACGCGCAGCCCGCUUUGUCAUUUUUCAUGGACUUUACCAGCUACAUCGGAGCUGCUUCGGUCCCAUUCGGACUUCUUCUACUGGGUGCCACUCUGGGACGACUCAAGAUCACGAAAUUGUACCCAGGCUUCUGGAAAAGUGCCUUAGUGCUGGUACUUUUAAGAUUAUGCUUGAUGCCAGUUCUGGGUGUUUUGUGGUGCGACCGUCUGGUGAAAUCAGGCUUACUUAACUGGGAAGACGACGCUAUGCUGCUUUUCGUUAUUGCCAUUGACUGGGCUCUUCCUAGCAUGACUACACAAAUCUACUUCACCGCAAGUUACACACCUACGAAUGCUAUUGAGACGAUUCAGCUCGAUUGCACUUCCUUCUUUUUGAUGAUUCAGUAUCCGAUUAUGGCCAUUACACUUCCCAUUCUGGUGACCUAUUUCCUAAAGGUUCAAAUGAAGGUCUAA